AUGAGUGGUAAAAAGCAACAACCGUUAGGACAAGAUUGGUUUUAUCACGUGCCACAGAAAGCGGACCUAACAAGAGGUCCAACCGGAUAUCCGGCAAUAUCCCAAAUUCCAGGAUUGAGUCACAGUGGUGUGGGACCAGCUGAUGAUCCAAUAUCCAGGCAUGGCUGGAUCAAGGAGUCUGAUAGCCCUUAUAUUAGGCUAGCCAAACAAGGAGGCAGACCGGAUCUGCUAAACAUGCAACCACGUCAACAGCAACAAGACAACAACAGCACAACAUCGAAUCGCUACCUAAACCGGGCCAACUAUCAGAGAUGCGACUGGUACUACCAUACUGAUCUUUUAAAUAACGCCAAAAAACAGCAGCUUCAGCAGCAACAACUGCAGCAACAAGAUUUUAAUGAUUUUAAUGGUGGUGAAAGGUAA